CAAGACUGAAAAUGUAUUUCCUGUUAGGCGUGUCUCUCUGUCCGCUUUCACUUCUGCCUUGCUCCUUGUUUCAAAUAGGAGGCAAUGAGCCAACAAUUGUUGCAGUGAAUGGAUCCUCUUGGCAAGAUGAGUUUUUUCGUUCAAGCGUCUGCUGAGGAUCUACAUGAUGAGCUUGUAGAUUUAGGUUGGUACCACUAUGAUCUGUCCCGCCAUGCUGCUGAAGCUCUCCUCUUGUCUAAUGGAAGUGAUGGGACUUACCUCCUGAGAAACAGCAAUGAGGGACCAGGCUGUUUUGCUUUGUCUGUCAGGGCAAAGGAUUCAGUCAAGCAUUUUCACGUGACGCGCAAAGACAAUGGCUAUGUGUUUGGAUUUAACACAUUUUCAAACCUUCGGGACUUUAUUAACCACUUCGCCAAUCAGCCUCUGGUGGGCAGCGAAACAGGAACUCUCAUUGUACUGAAGUAUCCGUACCCUUGGAGAGUGGAGGAGCCAUCCAUCUAUGAAUCUGUGCGGGUUCACACAGCUCUGCAGACUGGGCGCACAGAAAAUGAUCUUGUGCCAAAUGCUCCCUCACUCGGUACAAAGGAAGGCUAUCUACUGAAACAAGGAGCAGUUGUGAAGAGCUGGAAGCAAAGAUGGUUCACACUAAGCAGAAAUGAACUGAAGUACUUUAAAGACCAAAUGUAUGAGGAGCCCAUUCGAACCCUGGACCUGAAGGCAUGCUCUGCAGUCCAGUUUGACUACUCUCAAGAAAGAAUCAACUGUUUCUGUCUUGUGUUUCCCGACAGAACAUUUUAUCUCUGUGCAAAGACUGGUGUGGAGGCAGAUGAGUGGAUCAAGAUUCUUAGAUGGAAAUUGGUGAGCUUUUCUAUGCUCUAUGCACACCGUGCUGUGAGGAACUAACUACUUGACGACCUCCCCUGUAUUGGUGCAGUUCUCAGACCAAAACAUGCAGUCUAAAAAAUACCACAGCACUUUCGGAGCCUCAAUUGAGUAUUGGGGGAAGUUGUACCAAAGUUCAUGAAUACGUUUAAGGAAGUUCUAGUGUCUGAUAGAGCAUUUGCACUACCAUCAGCACAAAACAUUUGAAAAGUCAUGUCUUGCAAAUGUCCCUUGCGCAAAGUUUAACCAACAUCUUUUUUUUUUCCUAGUCCCAGGCACAUAAAUGUCAAUGAGAGUGACCAGAUCUUGCAGAACACUCCAAAGUGAAGUGGGGACACUCUUCCUUCAUUAAACUGUCUGUGAGGCCAUGAUAUCACAUUUUGUGACAACAUCUUAUUAAAAUUGCCCUAAUAAUAUUCUUCGAUUUUGCUUAAAGAUGAUAGGUCAAAAUCAGGUAUGUCCAGCUGUGGUCCUCAUGGGCCGCUGUCACACCUGUUUUCAUUCGCUCCAACACAGCUGCAACACACUUGAAUUAAAGGAUCAACUCAACAGCAAGCUCUGAGGAAGCAUGAGAACGAUCCUCAUCAGCUAUGUUGCAGCAGGGACAGAUAGAAAACAGGCAGAACAGCGCUGGCAUUGGGGACCGAGUUUGAACACCCCUGUCUUAAAUCAUUAUUUAAGACAAGAAAAAUUAUACGAAAUAGUAGUUACUCAUGCCAUAGCAGUACAUCAACCGGUUGAUAUUUCUCCUUUAACAGGGUCCUUUGAGAUAUACAUUUAUGAUGGUUCAUUGUGUUUAUGUUUCUGGUGUGUAUUAUCCAUCCAUCCGUGAUCUUGUGAAACCAAAAUAAAGAAAAAACAGUGUGAAAUGGCAA